AAGGUGUCCUAAUUUGCAUAAUAUUGUUUAACAAUGGCGGACAGUUGAAAACAAGCAGUAAAACGUGAAUUAGAUAACUGCAGACUCUAGAAAUGGCCGACACAGCUCAUUCACGCCAAAAGAUUUUUGAGCUGGAUUUAGAUAAUCAGAAAAAGAAUGUUUUCGUGACACAAUUACAUGAAAGAGAUGAUGAAGAUGAUAUUACAGCAUUUCCCGUUGUCAAGGAAACCGGAGACAAACUCAUUGAGACAGGCAUUAACACACUACAAAGAACAUUGCUUCUCAAAAAAGAGGUUGAAGUGGACAGGGUCCAAGCAGAACUUGAAGCUAAGAGAUAUGAGUUCAAACAUAGGAUGGAGGCGUGUGCUCAACGGCAGAUUGAGAUACAGAAAAAACAACAAAGGAUGAAAGACAGGGUUGCCAAGUUUGAGACAUUUUUGAAAGAAAAUGAAUUAAAAAGAAGAAGAGCUAUACAGAAAUAUCAGACUGAAGUCAAGUUAAAAGAACAGAAAACUGAAGAACUGAUAAAACUUCAAGACGAACUUGACAAUGUCAAGGACUUGUUAUCGAGAUUAGAAAAAAAAGUAAACCGUUAUAAAAAGUUUGAAGAUUAUUUGUUACGAGUAAUUGAUGUAAUGCCAGAAGAUUAUUUGGCUGCGUCAGACGAUAAAAUGAAAGGUCUAAUGUCCCGUCAUCGUACACUCAGUGAUUCCAAUGUCCAUCUAGUCAAUAAACUGGAAUCUAUGUCAGAUGAGCUGGAGAUAUUGAAAGCUGAGCUAGAUCAGAUGAAAACUGCCCAUAAUAAACAAGUUAUAUCAAUCAACAGUCAACUGUCCAAACUACAACAACAACAUGAGAUGGAAAAUGAUGCCAAUCAGAAAACUGAAAAUAAAUAUAAUGCUAACAAAGGUGGUCUCAGAGAAAAGAGAACGGAGCUGGGUGUUAUUAUGAUGGCUAUAGAUAAUAUAGCAGAGAUUUGUCAUAAACAACUAGAUAUACCAGUACAGGAAAUGUCACUGGACACAAAACUUCAUAGAAUCAGGGAUUUUGUUAACGACCAAGCAGAUGUUGCAGUGAUGGCUCGUCCAACAGAUGAUGAUGGGUCACCUGCAGGGAGUCGGAGAGGCAGUGUAGACAAUGCUAGAAAAUCUAAUAAAGUCAAAAAGAAAGUAAAACUUAACGGGUAGCUGAGAUAUUGUUUCACAUACAUAGUAUAUGAGCUGCGCCAUGACAAAAUCAACAUAAUGGGUUUGCGCAGAGGGGGCCUCCGUGGCUGAGUGGUUAAGGUCACUGACUUGAGAUCACAGGUCCCUCACCGCUGUAGGUUCGAUCCUCACUCGGGUCGAAAUCUUUCAUGUGAGGAAGCCAUCCAGCUGCCUUACGGAAGGUCGGUGGUUCUACCCAGGUGCCCGCUCGUGCCUGAAAUAAUGCCCGAUGGGGCAACUGGGGUCUUCCUCCACCAAUAAAGCUGGAAAAAAAUCGACGAAAAAAUCUCGGGGGGACGCUCUAGGAUGGCCUGACUUGAGUGUAUGGUCGCCCAUAUGGGCUUUCCGGCGGCGACCUUAAAUAAACGACCUUACCAAUCCUUUUACAAGUAGAGAAACUGAUAGUGAACAGCAUGGAUCCUGAUCAGACUGCGCGGAUGCGCAGGCUGGUCUGGAUCUAUGGUGGUCGCAAACGCACUAUGUUGGUUUUGUCGUGACGCAGCUCAUAUGUAGUUUACAUAAACUGACAAAGAGAAGUGCUUAUUUCAUGGAAAUUAUUGUUUUGGUCAUGUAUCUAAAGCUAAAGUAAACAAAGUAUCAUCAGGUCAGCACAACAUAGCCAAUAGUCUUGUCCUCUGUACAUAUAACUGUUCUCCUAGCUUUAAUUCUUUACAUCCUACUAUGUAGGUAGAGUUUAACUGUUCCAUUAGUAGAAUCCGGUUAACUAAUGUUAGAUUCACUUGCAAUCAUACUACAGUAUAUUUUGGAAGUAUGAAAACACACAAUUUUACAGAGAUAAGUUUAGGACGUUUGAUUUAAAUAACUUCCUAGUUUUUUUUUGUUCUAAUGAUAAAAUCUUGAGUGACUAUUAGACAUUAAGGGUACAGUACACCUUCCUUGCUCACUGUAUAUAUUUUUGUAAGGUGUUGCAUUUAGUGUAGCCAACACUUGCUGAUUGCUUUUUUUUGUUGUUGUAAGAAGUUGUUUGUAAAACUGCCAGCAUUUAUUUUUGUGAACAAUGGUGAAGUGCCAUUUGGAUGUUUAAAUGUUCAUAGUAAAAAUGAUUUGUUGUUAUUAUUUGCACAAGUUUUUUAGGAGUAGAUGUAACAGAGUUUUGUAGAUUGUUCACAUAUAGUUUUGCUAGAUACAGUGACUCUUACCUGUGAAUUCUAACUGUGCAUAGUGUUAACAUUCCUGGAAGGUGAAAAUUAUCAAUGGUUAAUAUAAAUAUGUCAAUAAUAUGAAAAAUUAAAAAUACCAUUUACAUUUAGGAUCAUCAGUUAAACAAAAUGGACACUUAAAGGUUAUUCAUGCUACAGAAUGAAGCAUGCAUUUCUUGUGCCUUUAUUGUGUUUAUAAAAAUUUCUGCCUGAAAAUAGAAGCCACUUCUUAACAAGCUGUUUCAAGUUAACUUUUUGUUGUAUUAAUUUUGUUGCUAGGAUUAUUUAUUUUUUUGUGAAAAAUUGUUUUAUUUCUUUUUGCUGUUAGUAAAAUAUGAUGUUAAUAUGUGACUUUUUGUAAAAUUACUCUUAAACAUAUUUUUAUAAAGUCUUCUGAAAUUUUAGACAAGCCAUUUUUAUUCCAAUUUAUAUUCUAUAUCGCUCAUUAUUGUUAUAUGUUAAGAAAUUAUUUAUGCCUUACAAUGUCAUUUUGCAUGAAGCAUUAUAUUAUAUUUUACAUGAUAAUGUUUGUAUAUUUAUGUAUGAAUUACAGCAGUGCAGUUCAAUAAACAUGAAAUAUGA